AUUUUCGACAAGAUUUAUGUAAACGGCAAUCCGGCGGUCGACUAGCAAAUGCAAGCACUACGCCUCGAGGUGCUGACACUCAGCGCCUGGUGUCUCAAGAACGCCUCCGUUCCGCAAAAUGCCACUUGGCGGGGCUCUCGUGCCGUGGGCAGUGCCAUUGUUCUAACCCCUAUGGGGUUCAUCGAGCGCAGGCGCGUUGCGUGUCCUGUAAAAGCCCAAGUGCAGCACCAGGUCGUGUUCCUGUCGUCCUCGCCGGGUGGAUUGGGUCCCGCGCGGGCUCCUCUUUUCGACAACGCUAUUUGUUCGGCUCUUGGUUCAGACAUCCAGCCUCAAGGCAUUCAGGUCCAAUGGUUUGCCUCAUAAGGCGCCCCAAGGAUCGCUACACAUGCCGCUCUCUCUUGUAGACAUGAUCCAAUUCCAAGCAAAGGCAAUGGGCCUCGAUGCCUCUAACAUCACGUAGAAGAACAAAGCACUGGAUUACAUAAAAUCAUCUAAAUCCCACUGGUCUGCUUCUUUGCGUCGAAGAUAUCGACCUCCCAAGCUGCUACGAUGAGACGCGGGUUUCUCCCCCAAACGAAAGGGAAGAAGGCUCCGGCCGCUACCAAGAAACGAGUCUUGUCGAAGGGCCAAGAAGAGACAGCUGAAACUGUUUUGACCCCCAGCUCUCCAUCCGAAGACUCGAUGAACCAACUGCUCAUAACGGCGGCCUUGCCAGAGAGUGGCGGGGACGUGUGUGAAUGUCUGUUGUUCCCAGAGACCCUCGACAUGCUGGACAACCUGCGCGGCUUUCCAUACCCCAUGGAUCAGCCUCUUCUCCCUGCCUAUCGCAUCACCCGGAUCGAGGGGAAGGGUCUGGCGAUGGUCAGCACGCGCUUCAUCGCGAUGGGGGACGUGAUCAUGAGUGAACGCCCCCUGAUCAUUGUGCCUGCGCAGGGCAUCUUGGAUUCAGAUUGCUGUGAAGUGUCGAUAAACAGGAACGAAGGUCCGUUGUCGGACGCCGUCAACCGGAUGUUGCCCGAGAACAAGGCGGCCUUUUGGGCACUCCAUAACUGCCACAAGGAUGAUGGUAGAACGGAUGCCAUAGCCGGGAUCAUGCUCUCCAAUGCGAUUUCGAUUGGUGGAUUGCCUCCUGGGCACACAUACAUGGCGGUGUGCGAUCACGUGUCUCGUAUCAACCACAGCUGCACGCCGAACUCGUAUCCUGUCUUCCAUGCGCCUUCGCUUUCGUACAGAGUGUUUGCCCUUUGCGACAUCGCAGCCGGAGAUGAGAUCACCUGGCAGUACAUCGACAUUCGCCCAUCCGCCGCUGAGCGCAGCAAGGCGCUCGAGCCAUACAAGUUCCAAUGCACGUGCGAGGCAUGCUCAAAUGCAGUCGUGUCUGAUGCUCGUCGCAAAAGCAUUGCUGCCUUCGAGCCUUCCGUUCUGCCUUGGGCUGUAUUCAACCGCCAUCUCCCAGACGACUGGCUCAUCAACCAGUGCAAGCAGAACCUGGAACUACUGCGCUUGGAGAAAAUGUGGGAACGAUGCUACCACAAGACACUGCUCAAGCUCAUGGAGUCGUACAUCUGCUUGGGUGAUGCGGAGAACGCGAGCUUGUGGGCUCGCAAGUUGAUCAAAUGCCGCUGGCAACCGGAAAAGGAACAAGAUGAAUCAUUCGAGAACGAGACGCCUUCUGCUGUCCACAAGUUCCCUCCUGGUUGUCCUUUCACGCUCACUAUGAACGGCGUGAACUCUGGCGCAAACGGUCGUCCUGCUUUCUCUGUGACCGAAAGAGGCACUGAAGAGCUCCGGCCAGCACCGUAUGGUAAGCAGAAGAAAAUCGUCGUCCCCGAGGGCUAUGGGAGCACUUUGAAGAUCACCGAGAAAGACCCCCUCUCCGGAAGCGAUCCCAAUCCCGAUUCCAUGACAUGCACGACCAUGCCCCAGACCGGGGACACCAUCGACGAGCGUCAUCUGACGGAAUGCCUGUUCUUUUCUGGAAGUAAGGAAGUGUUGUUGAGCAUCGCCGGCUUUCCGCAUGAGAUGCAGCAGCCUUCGGAGGCCGCCCAUCGUGUCGGGCCUGCUGGGGACAAAGGACUUGGAAUGUUCAGCACGCGGCUCAUCGGGGCGGGAGAACUGAUCAUGAGUGAAAGACCUCUCGCCAUCCUCCCCCGGGGCAUGCCAACGCCUGUACCCCCGAACUUCACCCAAAAGCAAGCGAUGCAAUUGGCGAUGGACGAGCACGAGCAGAUGUGUGCCAUCGCAGUGAACCGGCUCCUCCCCGAAGCAAAGGCGGCAUUUUGGGCCCUCACAAACACUCACAAGGAAGACGGUUCGGGCCCUAUAGCUGGAAUCAUGCGGACGAACGGCAUUGCUGCCGAGAAUCUGCGGCCUGGUGUUCGGAGUGCGAUGGGCAUCUACAGCGCAGUGUGCAAGGAGAUUUCCCGCAUGAAUCAUAGCUGUCGACCCAACACCCAGCCUGUGUUCCAUCCCGCUUCGCUAUCGUUCCGACUGUAUGCUGUGCGCGAUAUUCCCCAGGGCGAAGAGCUCACAUUCGCAUAUACCAACAUCCAGAUGCCUGCGGGCCAUCGCAACAGGGCUCUCAAGCCCUAUCAGUUCACCUGCCGUUGCUCAGCGUGUCUGAAUGCAAAAGUCUCUGACAAGCGGCGCAAGAAGAUUGCUGGCUUUGCGCCUGAUGUGCGAUCAUGGGCCGCUGAUCACACUCUUACUGACGACUGGUUGAUCGUGCAAUGUCGUGAGCAACUGGAGCGCAUCGAUUCGGAAGGUUUCGAAGCAGACGAGGCUUACUACGAUGCGCUGAAGACGCUGAUGGAAUGUUAUCUUUGCCUCGGUGAUGCUGAAAAUGCGGCUGUCUGGGCAGAUAAGAUGGAACAGUGCCGGUGGACGACUCGUCGUUUCGAUUCCAGCAGUGCAACGUACGAGACAAAUCCGAUGUGGAAAUUGCGCUUAGGUCAUUCUAGCUCUAAUACUGUUGAUUGUAGUUUACAGAAACUCAGUUUGAAGUAAGAUCGUUCCGUACAAUGCACAUUCCAUUUAACGGAUACGAUUCUCAGCAUAAUUGUCUCCGACUUUGAAACGAUAAG